UUGAAGGAAGGCGCAUGCGCCUCAGGCAGAGCGCGUGCCUCGCAGUGCAGUUCGUGCGGCGCGCAGUGCAGUGCGUCUCGUCACCGGCUCGCUUCACACUUCACGUUGAAUUAAAGAAAGUACUUUUUCUAAGAAGAUGGCCACUGCACAGCUGCAGAGGACUUCCAUGAGUACAUUGAUAUUUCCCAGUAAGAUAUCAACUGAGCAGCAGUCUUUGGUGCUAGUGAAGAGGCUCCUAGCGGUUUCAGUAUCCUGCAUCACGUAUUUGAGAGGAAUAUUUCCAGAGUGUGCUUAUGGAACAAGAUAUCUAGAUGAUCUUUGUGUCAAGAUUCUGAGAGAAGAUAAAAAUUGUCCAGGAUCUACACAGUUAGUAAAAUGGAUGUUAGGAUGCUAUGAUGCUCUACAGAAAAAAUAUCUAAGGAUGGUCAUUCUAGCUGUGUACACCAAUCCAGGAGACCCUCAGACAAUUUCAGAAUGCUACCAGUUUAAAUUCAAGUACACCAAAAAUGGACCAAUCAUGGACUUUGUAAGUAAAAAUCAAAGCAAUAAAUCUAGCAUGUCAGCUGCUGACACCAAGAAAGCAAGUAUUCUCCUCAUUCGAAAAAUUUAUAUUCUGAUGCAAAACCUGGGACCUUUACCAAGUGAUGUUUGUUUGACCAUGAAACUUUUUUACUAUGAUGAAGUUACACCCCCAGAUUACCAGCCUCCUGGUUUUAAGGAUGGUGAUUCUGAAGGAGUCAUAUUUGAAGGGAGCCCUAUGUACUUAAAUGUGGGAGAAGUCCCAACACCUUUUCAUACCUUCAAAGUGAAAGUGACCACUGAUAAAGAACGAAUGGAAAAUAUUGAUUCAGCUAUACUACUAUCAAAACAAUUAAAAACACCGCUUCAGAAAAUCCUGGCGGACAAAGAUGAUGUAGAAGAUGAACCACAUUAUAUAAGUGAUGACUUUGAUGUUGAAACUAAGAUGAAAGAACAGAAAAGAAACUUGGGAGCUUCUAAAAUUGGAGAACCAAAUUUAAUGAUUGAGGAAGAUGGAAUUAUGAGGUGUAAAGAGUGUCCGAAUCUUUCAGUUUCUCAUCUUCAGGUUGAACAGUUAGUCAAUAAAACAUCUGAACUUGAUGUAUCUGAAAGCAAAACACGAAGUGGAAAAAUCUUUCAGAAUAAAAUGGCACAUGGAAACCAACCAGUUAAAUCUAAAGCAGCUCGGAAGAGAACUCAACCUGCAUCUGGAAAAACAGUCUUCCAUCACUUUGAUUUUUCUAGUCAAGAGUCUGUGCCAAAAAGGAGAAAGUUCAGUGAACCAAAAGAACAUAUAUAAAAAUUACUUUUCCUUCUGUACAUUUGAAAAGGUCUUCUCAUUAUUUAAAGUAAAAGAUGCUUUAUUAUUAUUUUAAGAUGUGUCCUUCCCCACCUCUGAAAAUGUAUAUGCAGUUUUAAGCAGUUCAUACACUUAAAUGAAGUUUUUGGUUAUUAUUACUUUUUUUUUUAUUUUUUUGGUACUGGGGAUUGAACUCAGGUCCUUGUGCUUGCAAGGCAGAUCACCGAACCACUGAGCUAAAUCUCCAGCUCAAUUUUUGGCUCUUAUAUUGUGGUCCUUGAUUUUACCUGAGGUAAGUCCAAGAGAAAUUUGGAGCAAACCCAAAUAUAGUAAUUGAUGCUGUUCAUUGUCUACUCUAUAUAGAUCUGUCUUCCAUUUUAAUGGACACUUUCUUUAAAUCUGUAUAAACUGAAGGCCCUAUACUGCAAACCACUUUUUGAAAUAAUGUUUAUUUUGGUAUUAAAAU